GGAAAGUCCAUUUCAGGCGGAAAGAAAGAAAACAAAAAACCAUAAGUUACAUAAUUUAAGGCUCCUCCUUCCGGCAGCUGGCGACGAUCCUGCUCGUGAUCGCAGAGGAAAGCAGAGCGCAAAACAUGUCCGGGCGUUACUUCGGAUUGCAGGAUCCCGAGGUUGCGUCAGGUUUUUCCGACCUGAGCGACUCCGAGUUCUUGCAGAUAGAGGAGCCGAAGAUCGGGGAAUCCCAACCCCUCAGCGGUUCCAGGCCUCAGCAUGCUGAUUCUCGGCUUGCUAAUGUGGAAGAAGGGAAGCGGAGGACAGCAAAGAGGAAGAGAGCGAAGACACCUCUUGAAGCUUUCCGCCUGUGCUAUCUUUGGGUCACAGUUCUCUCUGAUCAAGUGUGGUGCGAGCAAAAGAUGGUUUAUCACAAAGAAAAGCCGAGUGUGCAAUUGCCGGAGAAGAUGACAGUGGUAUUAAAUACAGGAAAGUCAAUACAUCUUGCCAGAGAACUGCAAGAUCAUAGUCUGGUGCCUGUGAAGACUACAAGCCGAGAAGAUGGAUGGGCCAUCAAGCUGGUUAACAUCCUCCUGACUGUAGCUAAUCUACGAAAAGGUUGGCGUGUGCGGGAAUGCCCGGUCUUUGGCGUGUUAGAAGGGGUUUUUGUGUUCGGGAUCAUUGACCAGCUAAAUUAUACGGCUAAAGGCGAAUUGCAACUGAAUGAAUUGAAGACAAGGGAAAAAGCCUACAUGCCUGGACCUGCACAGAAGAAGAGGGACCGUUUCCAGGUCUCUUUAUAUAAAUAUCUCUUUGAUGCUAUGGUGCAAGGAUGCUUAACCCAAGAUAUUUUUAUACAUCACCUUCAUCUGAAGCCCAAACAGCCACUUGGCCAGGAAAUCCAAGAACAUGCUCAAAAAGCUGGAUUCGUGGUGCACUGCUUUGAAGACCUCCUGGAACUGGUGCUCCUCAACUUGACCCACUCAGAAAUUCCGGCUAUUGACCAUCUUCAAAUUGAGUACAUUCAUCAGAAGACCAACACGUUGCUGGGCACCGAAGUCAUCACCUAUGACCACGAUGAAUUGAUGUCCGUGUCCCAUUAUCUCUUAUCGUAUUGGAAAGGGCAAAGAGAUCCCAAGGGAGUGGACAUUGAGGACGCUUGGAAAUGCUCCUAUUGCGCCUUUGUCGACAUCUGUGAUUGGCGCCAGCAGAGAGUGGAUGGCCUGAUCCAAAAGGGCAGCAAAAAGAAAAACAUGAGCGAGAGCCAAUCCAGAGAAUAGAGGCUUCUGGCUGGGAGAAUGGACAUAGCCAGUUAUGGCUCAGCAUUCUUGCAAGACACCCCAACUGCCAAAAGUGGAUGAACUUCUCCUACAAAAGGAGACACUAAGUAAAUUAACCCUAUUUCCCAUCUCUAAUAAUUUUGAGGCUCUUGAAUGGGACUUGCAAAGAGAAACAGAAAAGCAACAAUUAUCAGAGCUUUCUCUUUCUCUUGGCGAAGAUUUAAUAGACUGUUCUGAUUCUAUGCCAGCCCUCCCUUUUCAUUCUUCAGUCUUCUGCUAGCUCCAGCUUCUUCUAAAGAAAAUAAGAACACAAAUCGCACAGGGUAAGGACUGGGAGGAACUGUUUUCACAGGAUGGCUCAAUUGAAUUCAUGGUAAAACAGUGUUUGCUCAUAGGCAAGCUAUUAUUUCAGUGUUCAAGCAAUUAGCCUCUAUUAAAAUUAACCUGCAUAAGUUAGUGAGCCCUGGAGGCGCAGUGGUUAGAAUCAGUAUUGCAGGCAAACUCUGUCCACAACCUGGAGUUCAAUCCUGAUAGAGCUCAAGAUUGACUCAGCCUUCCAUCCUUCCAAGGUGAGUAAAAUGAGGACUCAGAUUGUUGGGGGCAAGAUGCUAACUCUGUAAACUGCUGUAUAGUACUAUGGAGCAGUAUAUAAGUCUAAGGGCUACUGCUAUUGCUAUUAUUAGUGCCUUGAGUGUGUAGGAAUGUAUCUUGAGGGAGAUACAGUACAAGUGCUCCUCACCUUCAGAAUUACAACAGUGCUGAACGAAGGGACUUGUGAUUACUGCCCAAAUGUAUGGCUGCUGAGUACCGCCACAGUCACAUGAACAAAACUUGGGCACUUGGCAAUCUCACUGACUGCAGUGCCCCUUAUUUAUCUCCCCCCACCAUCCUGCCCUCUGGGUCUCUGAAGCCUUGGGUCCCUUUGGUCCCACAUCAUCCUCUCCACUUCCCUUCACAGCUUAGUCACUUACCCAAAGGAGAUCUAUUGGGAAGCAGCCAAUCCAACACAUGGACUUCCUACAUAGGCUAUGUGGCACCCUCCCAGAAGUGGGCACCAUUUUGGGAGUGACUGCAAUGAACUUUUGUCUAUUCCAAAAUGGUGCCCACUGCAAUGGUAUAGGGUUUCCUGCCUGAGCAGGGAGUUGGACUAGAAGACCUCCAAGGUCCCUUCCAACUCUGUUAUUCUGUUCUAUUCUAUCUCUUGUCAGCUUUCAAUACCAUCAACCUAGUUAUCCUUUGGGGCCAACUUAGGGAGUUUACGGCGAGUGACACAAUUUGUCCUGGUUCACCUCUUUCCUCCAAGUUUGGUCCCAAUCAGUAUUGAUAGAGAGUGAGAGGUCCAGCUCUCGGCCCCUGCUCUGUGGGGUACCAGAGGCUGUCUGGACUCCUAUUUAGCCUCUACAUGAAACCACUGGGUGAGAUCAUCCACCAUCAUGAGUUUAGCUAUACCCAGUUGAUAUCCAGAGUAGGAUGGCAUCCUGCUGACAUCCAGUUAUGUAUCUCCAUCCUGGGUGAAGUGAGUGAUGAAGUAGACAUUCUUUUGAGGUGCCUGGAGGCUAUGAAGGCCUGCUUGGAGAACAACAGACUUUGGCUGAACCCUGGUAAGACAGAGUGGUGUGAAUGGGAUAUAAAUGUUUAUAAUAUUCGGUCUUGAUGGGGUUGCAUUACCUCAGAUCUGAUGUGUAACCCAGGGUUCUUCCCUGGGGGAGGAAAAGGGGGAGGGGAGAGAGGAAAGGGAAAGGAAAGGAAGAUGGGCCCCGAUGUUGGUUGCUCUUUUUAGUUACAUUAACAGCACAGCAUGUUUCCCAUCUGGGUGAUAUUAUCCUUCUCUAUAGGAAUAUAGGAAACAGACUUUGCCCUGCCAACUGCAGACCAAUUAGCUUGCUUAGUACAAAAAAGAAGCAAUAUGCAAAGUGCCUUUAUUUAAAACUGUUGGAUUCACUUUUACAAGUGAAAAUCUUGUAAAAAAAAAAAAAGGGAUGGGAUUUAGAGGGGAUCAUUCAACCUUAGACAACUGUCUGGUCUUGCUCUGUUUAACUGAAAAAUACACCUCACUGUCCAAAGGGACCAUUUUUUUCAAUGUUUGUGGAUUUCAUAUCAGCUUUUGAUCUGAUUCCACAGGAGAGGCUAUGACAAAAACCUCAGGAAUCCCCAGUGUAUAAAAGAUUGUUGCCUCUUAUCCGACUCUUAUCCUGCCUUAUCUACACCUCAUUGAGGCUCAGAUGUUCCUCUUGGGAGCUGUUUCCACCAAAAGAGGGGUAAGGCAAGAGAGUAAAGUAGCCCUCUCACUUUUUUUAAUUUGUACAUCAAUAAUUAAGGCUCUCUUAUCAUCUAACCAUCGGUCCCCAAUUUUUGCAGAUCGUGCAAUCCCAGCCUUGCUGUAUGCAGAUGAUGUGAUAAUUUUGCCUAUUUCUCCAGCAGGAAUCAGAAGGACACUGUGAGCAUUGGUGUCCUUUUGCCUAAAAGAACAAUGUGUAAUAAACUAAAAAAAAAAAAAAAUCCUAAAGGACUAGUGUUUGCACAACAUACCAGACAGAUUAAACAGUCCUCAAUAGAGCAGGUAGAUACUUAUAAAUACCUUGAAGUGAGUUCCAGGUUUCCUUAUCUUGGACUGCAUAUUUUUCUUAUCAGGCAAGUGGGCCCCACAGCUGUCUUAAGAUUCUUCUAUUCAAAGGAGGCACAUAUUCUUCCUGCAGUUUGCAAAGUUUUGUUUGCUAAGUCCUUUCUCCCCUUCUUUAUGAUGUUCCAAUUUGCAUUUUUACAAAGUUUAAUAUCCUGGUGCCUUUCCAGUCCAUAUUUAGUUGUGAAUGCAGUUUUUAAGAAGAGACUAGACAGUCACUUGCUGAAAUGGUAUAGGACAGGUUCUCCUGCUUGAGCAGGGGGCUGGACUAGAAGACCUCCAAGGUCCCUUCCAGUUCUAUUCUAUUCUAUUCUAUUCUAAAUUUAUAAUACUCGCAGUUCCAAGAUGUAUCAAGAAUAUUGUUUUACAGUUAGAGAUAAGUUGGUUUGUGGAGCCAAGCCUGGCUCUACCUGUUUACUUUCUGGUUGAAAUGGACUUUUUUUUUCUCCUGUGGGUCUGACUCCACUGAUUCUCAGAUCCCAUUUUAAAUCAACCUGGCGAACAAAAACUAAUCGCAAACUCCACUCCUUAGAAUUUUCUUUGAAAAUUCCUUGACCAUUAGGGCUUCAACAUGCCAAGAUUCAUCUUAAACAACCUAUCCCUGUCUUGGAUAUUGAUUUUCAAGCCAAUUUAAGCCUGGUAUCUGAUACUACAGUUAAUGAAUCCUUCUCAAAGUCUAAUUCUGAAAUUUUGUUGAACUUUGACUGAAUGUUCUGCUUUCUGCAGUUCUGUGGAAGUGGUAUUAAAACAUUCCUUUUCAGCAGAGUUUAUGUGAAAUCCCCAUGCUAUAUGCCUCUUUGUGGCUGCCUCUUUAAGAAAUAAAGGAAGCUGUAUACAGUAUUUAUCCCUUAAAAAAAAAAAAAACAUUCCCUACUAGAGAGCACAAUAUCUGCCUGUCACUGCUUUUAUCUGCCCAGGAUCCUGAAAUAUCUUUUUUCGUUGCCUGAUUUUGUGGUGCUAUUUGUUGUAUCUGUCUUCCCUAUGAUUUGCAAGUGUCACUGCUAUUUGUGUUACAGUUACUAUUCUGAACGUAUAGCUCUAUGUAACCACAUAUAGCUCUAUGUAACCUCAUAUAGCUCUAUGUAACCCUAACUAGUGAGCAUGUAUUAGUAUAUUACACUAUCUGGCAGUUAUUGGGUUAAAUGCUGGAUUUGUUGAUGGGUCAGUGGGAGGAGUUUCUAAAGGGCAUUGGGAGACUUCCUGGACACAAGCCAGAUUGGAAUGUCUUUGUCUGAAAGAGGCAUGGGCCAUCAGAUGUCACCCAAUGAGCCUGAGCCGUUAUAAAGAUGGUAUGGAAGAGAGCAUCAUACUUUUACCUAUAGGAAUGGACAAAAGGUAUAUUUCCCUGAAGUAACAGCCAAAGUAUGUAUGCAAGUAAUCUUUCUGAUUGAAAUAUAUUUAUUUUGUUAUAAACCAUUUCUAUUGAGUUAUCUAUCUGACUUGAUUUAAAGAAGGUGUUUUUAACUCAGAGUCAGAAUAGUUACUACAAUAAU